AUGCACCAGAUGAUUUACGAAGAGCGCCAAAACGAUGGGAAAGAGGUCCGCGGCAUGCUGCUGAUUGAUGAUAUUUGGAUGGUGGGGCGCCUGCUCUUCAGAAAUACCGGCGACGUAUUUGGCACGUUGAGGCUGCGGUACAUUGAAGAGUCUGAUUGUCUGGUCUCGUACUUCCAGCCAGCGGGCAGUGAUAAGUGGGUUCACGCGGUGUCGAACCGGUGCCUUGCAAAGGCAGAGGCGCCCUUGAACGAGCUGAAGACGGUUUCAAACCGGACAAGUCGAGCGAGGUCCAGUCCUCAUAUGUUGGAGUUGCCCAAAGAUGGCGAUCUCCCUUGGAAUGGUGAAGACUCUAUGCUUCAGGUCUAUCAGCACGAUGGAUUGUCACCCUUGCUGCGAGACUGCGUUCUGCACUCACUCAAGGCCCGGAUCAAGUAUUUGGAGAACGCGAUGAUGCACGACAAGGCUGAGUCUCCGAGACCUUUGGAGAUUGGUUGGCGGGCCUCGCCUGCCCAGGUGGUGCCUGCAUCAGGCAAUGAAGCGCAGGAGGCCCGACCUCGCCAGAAGCUGGGCCAGAGGCAGAGGCGUUUUGCCAGGACUGUUUGGCAUGAGAUUGAGGAUGCGGAUGUUGAUGCUGCUCAGCAAAAGCGACCAAAAUCCAUCGUCGCAGGCGCCGGCGCUGUCGCCCGGUCUGAAACCAAGGACCAAGGCGUCCAGUGCGAUGCACAGGGGCAGGUUGAGACACAAGAGCCACAGAUUCCUGACGAGACGAGCCAGUGGAAGGUGGCUCUUCUGACGGAGGAGCUGCUCGAGCUCCAGGCGAAGCCGCUCACUGCCACCAGUCUUUGGGUUAGGCAAAACAGCGUCACUGCAAGCCCUGUCCCCUGUUUCGGAGCCCAAGUCCGUUGCAAAAGCUACGUGACGCCAUGCAUUUGUCCACAGCGUCUGGCGCGAAUGGACGACCUGCAGUGCAACGGCAGAUGGUCCAAGGAGGUUCUCUCCGCAGGCGAUGCAGGGGGAAGAGUUCCUGAGACAGGCGAUCGCGUCACGCUGCACUACACAUGCCGCUUGGGCGAUUCUGACGGCGCACUUUUAGAUGACUCGAGAGGCAGAAACGAGCCGUUUUCCUUCACUCUCGGAGAAGGUGAGGUCAUACCAGCUUGGGAGCAAGCGCUUUGUUCCAUGAAGCGCGGCGAGUUCGCCGCACUUACGGUCCACCCCGAGAUGGCCUUUGGGAAUGCCCCCAUCGCAGGAGGUGCCAAGCUGGUUGAGAGCAAGCGAGUCCUCUACUUUGAGCUGGAGCUUCUUGACACAGUGCCCUCUGCAGAGGCUGAGGUGUGCCGAGAGGAUCUGUCGGCCGAGGAGAGGCUGGUGCAGGCCACGAAAGCUAAGGAGGAGGGCAACACCCACUUCAAGGCUGGCACUUUGGAGCAGGCAGCACGCUCUUACCUGCUGGCACUGGAGCUUCUGGGCUUCGAGGCAGAUGCGGAUCCGCGAGCUGAAGAGGGUGUCUGGUCAGACGCUGUUCGAAGCGAGUCGAGAAAGACACUGGCGCUGGCUUGCCAACUGAACCUUUCACAGUGCAUGCUCAAGCUGGAAGAUCAUCAAGCUGCAAGGUAUCAUGCUGAAGCAGCGCUGCUUCUGCACCCAAAGAACUCCAAGGCCCUCUACCGCCGUGGCCUCGCUGGCCUUGGAUGCGGGCUCUUGCAGCAGGCCAAGGAGGACCUGCGCGAGGCUGCCAAGCUGGAGCCCAGGAAUGCUGACAUUCGACGCCAUCUGCAGGAGUGCCAGCAAAGACUGUCGGAGGAAAAGAGCAGCACCAAGGAUGCAUAUGGCGGCUUCCUGGUUCGAUCUCAGGAUUCCUGA